AUGGAUGAAGCCGAGACGCGAUUGGAAAGGCUUGAGAAAGGUGUUCCAUGGCAUGCCGGGUCUAAACUGGGUCAAAGAAACCCCCUCCCCGGAUUUCCACGUGCCGAUGGGACAGAGCCCACCCGGGAGAUGGCGCACCGAGGCACGGAUGCUGAUGUCCAGGGGGGGGAAGGCUGGGUUGCUAAUUUCGCUGCGAGACACGAAGCAGCUGCCGAUGCAAAGCAACGGCCGCGGGGUCUUGAGCCCGGCUCGAGCCUGGCAGCAGCCGGAAGAGCUUCACAUGCAGGUGGCCGUGGAAGCUGCCGCCGUGGACGAGCAGGAUGA